CUCAACCCCGGCUGUAGGUGCUGUGUGAGUGCGCGUGUGCUCCUGAGCUCGCUCGGCACACAUUCUAUAAAAAAAUAAAAAUACAAAAAAAAUUCAAAACAUAAAAUACCAAAAAAUCAUUUAUUUUUUCUUUUUGUAACAAGUCGGUGAAGCUGGAGUAGACAUUCGUGGACUGGACGGUAACGUACAAGAAAGUGCAGCAUAACGUUAUAUCGAACGGGAAAUUUUCAGUCGACGUGUUACUGGUCCCGAGGCGACACCAAGUACCAAUUUGCUUUUAACAUUUUUGUCUAAUUUUAACGCCUAUUUUAAUCCAGUUUCAGCCAAAUUAUUGUCAUUUGAGUACAUUAAUUUUAGGGAUUUUACUCAAAACACUGCAACUGACAAGACAACGGUUGCCAACGUUUACCAUCAGCUAGUCCUUAACUGAAGCGACGUUAGAGCGGUUAACGUUACCAAGAAUACGUAAACUUUUUUUCGGUUGAGAAAUUUAGGCCUUGUCCGAGUACUUUGCUAGCCUCUACGGCCAACUAAAAUGAAUCCCAGUGCUCCAAGUUACCCCAUGGCCUCCCUUUACGUCGGGGAUCUUCAUCAAGAUGUGACUGAGGCCAUGCUUUACGAGAAAUUCAGCCCAGCCGGAGCUAUCCUGUCGAUACGAGUCUGCAGGGACAUGAUUACCCGACGUUCUCUUGGAUACGCCUAUGUCAACUUUCAACAGCCGGCGGAUGCUGAGCGUGCACUGGACACCAUGAAUUUUGAUGUGAUCAAGGGGCGGCCUGUGCGCAUCAUGUGGUCACAGCGUGAUCCAUCACUGAGAAAAAGUGGAGUAGGAAACAUCUUUAUUAAGAAUCUUGACAAGUCUAUCGACAACAAGGCUCUGUAUGACACCUUCUCUGCCUUUGGAAACAUCCUGUCCUGCAAGGUGGUCUGUGACGAGAAUGGCUCUAAAGGCUACGGCUUUGUGCAUUUUGAAACUCAAGAGGCAGCCGAACGAGCCAUUGAGAAAAUGAAUGGCAUGCUUCUUAAUGACAGAAAAGUAUUUGUUGGACGCUUUAAAUCUCGCAAAGAGCGUGAGGCUGAGCUGGGUGCUCGUGCCAAGGAGUUCACAAAUGUCUACGUUAAAAACUUUGGAGAAGACAUGGAUGAUGAGAAGCUGAGGGAGCUCUUCAGUAAAUAUGGAAAUGCCAUGAGUAUCCGUGUGAUGACGGAUGACAGUGGAAAGUCUAGAGGGUUUGGAUUUGUUAGCUUUGAUAGGCAUGAGGAUGCUCAAAGGGCAGUGGAUGAGAUGAAUGGGAAAGAGAUGAACGGCAAGCUGAUCUAUGUUGGCAGAGCCCAGAAGAAGAUUGAGCGGCAGGCUGAGCUCAAACGCAAGUUUGAGCAAAUGAAACAAGACCGCAUGACUCGCUACCAGGGUGUCAACUUGUACGUGAAAAACCUGGACGAUGGAAUUGAUGAUGAACGUCUUAGGAAGGAAUUCUCCCCAUUUGGCACCAUCACCAGUGCCAAGGUCAUGAUGGAGGGCGGACGCAGCAAAGGAUUUGGAUUUGUCUGUUUCUCGUCCCCAGAGGAGGCCACCAAAGCGGUAACAGAAAUGAAUGGACGUAUUGUAGCCACAAAGCCACUAUAUGUUGCCCUGGCUCAGCGCAAAGAAGAACGACAAGCCCAUCUGACCAACCAGUAUAUGCAGCGCAUGGCCAGUGUGCGUGCAGUGCCAAACCCAGUCAUCAACCCUUACCAACCAGCCCCACCCUCUGGAUACUUCAUGGCAGCCAUACCUCAGGCCCAGAACCGUGCUGCUUACUACCCAGCUGCAGGGCAGAUGGCCCAGCUCCGACCUGGCCCACGCUGGGCCACUCAAGGUGUUAGGCCACAACAUUUCCAGAACAUGCCAGGUGCCAUGCGUCCCUCAGCACCUCGCCCUCAGACCUUCGGGGCCAUGCGACCUGCCUCCCAGGUGCCCCGCAUGAUGUCCACUCAGCGUGUCGCCACUCAGACAAUGGGCCCCCGACCAGCCACUGCAGCUGCUGCAGCAGCCACCCCUGUGCGUGGAGUCCCUCAGUACAAGUACGCUGCGGGUGUCCGCAAUCCCACCCAGCAUAUGACUGCUCAGCCACAAGUCAACAUGCAGCAGCCUGCUGUUCAUGUGCAAGGACAGGAGCCUCUGACUGCUUCCAUGCUUGCUGCUGCUCCACCACAGGAACAGAAGCAGAUGCUGGGUGAGCGUCUGUUCCCACUGAUUCAGAACAUGCACCCCAGCCUAGCAGGAAAGAUCACUGGCAUGCUCCUCGAGAUUGACAACUCAGAGCUGCUCCACAUGCUGGAGUCCCCAGAGUCUCUCCGCUCAAAGGUGGAUGAGGCAGUGGCUGUGCUUCAGGCCCACCAGGCCAAGGAGGCCGCCCAGAAGACGGUAACAAAUUCAGCUGGUGUCCCAAGUGUCUAAAUCCAAGGAGUGGGGAACCUUGAGAGUCUAGCUUCACCGAUGGAGAAAAUAAUUUAGCAGUGAAAAAGUUAAAAACACAUAAAACAAAGUAAAAAGAAGUCAAAUAAUAUAAUAAAAAAAUCAAUUUAAAUAUGUCUCCAGUCAGGUCUGCAGUGAACAGAAAUGCCAGGCCUGGUCUGUUGGGUUAAGUUAAAAAUACACAAAAAAACAGAAAAAGUUAAAAUAGAAAAUGAUCAAUAUAUGAGGGGUUUUAAAUGAGAAUUCUGUGAGCAAAAUAAGACUGAAAGCAUUCCUUUCUUCCAUUUUAUCCCUUUUAAAUGUUUGAAUGUUUGGGCUGUUGUGGCCUGUUGUGAAAUUUCCUGGCCUUUGCUUGCUUGAAUAAAAAUUUAAAAAAUA